UUUCGUAGCGUAUCAACUGAAUAAAACCCCCAUGUUCUAAUUCUAAUUAUUAACUGAUAAAAUAGGCAAGUUGCAGCCAUCCAUUGUUUUUAAUGCCAAAACAACAAACAAGUACAGAUUGUUCUUCUUCCUUCAAACUCCCUUCUUCAGAGAGAGAGAGAGAGAGAGAGAGAGGGAGUGAAAGAGAAUCUGAAAGUCAAGAUUUAGAUAGUUCAGUCGCAGUAAAAUGGAUUCAAUUGAUGUUGAUCGGCAACCCCUUUUGGGGUCCGAAAGAUCAUCAAUCUCCGAUGACAAUCGGCUUCAACAGUUAGGAUACAAGCAAGAGCUCAAUCGUAGCCUCUCGGCAAUAGCCAAUUUUGCAGUGACGUUCUCUAUCAUAUCAGUGUUAACAGGUUUAACAACAAUGUUUAAUAUGGGAUUAGCAUAUGGAGGACCUGUAACUAUGGUGUAUGGAUGGCCUAUUGUUGGUAUUAUGACUAUGAUGGUUGGUUUGUCUAUGGCCGAGAUUUGCUCCGCCUUUCCAACAUCUGGUGGUCUUUACUUUUGGAGUGCCAAACUUUGUGGAAAUCGUUGGGGGCCUUUUGCUUCAUGGCUUACUGGCUGGUUCAAUAUAGUUGGUCAGUGGGCUGUUACAACCAGUGUAGACUACUCUCUGGCACAAAUGAUACAAGUAAUCAUUCUACUGAGUACAGGUGGGAAGAAUGGUGGUGGUUAUGAAGCAUCCAAAUAUGUGAUUAUGGGUUUCCAUGGUGGCCUACUUCUUUUGCAUGCUAUGUUGAAUAGUCUCCAUAUUUCAUGGCUAUCCUUCUUUGGACAGUUUGCUGCAGCAUGGAAUGUUGCAGGUGUCUUUGUGCUUAUGAUUCUCGUACCCCUCGUUGCUAAGGAAAAGGCAAGUGCCGAGUUUGUUUUCACUCAUUUCAACACUGAUAAUGGUGAAGGGAUCAAAAGUAUUGUUUACAUCUUUGUUCUUGGACUUCUGAUGAGCCAAUAUACAAUCCUAGGUUAUGAUGCAUCUGCUCACAUGACAGAGGAAACGAAGAAUGCAGACAAGAAUGGACCGAAAGGGAUUAUUAGCGCAAUUGUUAUAUCAAUAAUUGUAGGAUGGGGUUACAUUGUUGGUAUCACGUUUGCAGUCACCGAUAUUCCAUAUCUACUGAGUAGUGAAAAUGAUGCUGGUGGUUAUGCUAUAGCUCAAGUAUUUUACCUAGCAUUCAAGACUAGAUAUGGGACUGGAAUUGGCGGUAUCUUAUGCUUGUGCAUUGUUGCUGUUGCUGUAUUUUUCUGUGGCAUGAGUUCAAUGACCAGCAACUCUAGGAUGGCUUAUGCUUUCUCAAGAGACGGCGCCAUGCCAAUGUCAUCAGUUUGGCAAAAGGUGAACAAACAGGAAAUACCUAUAAAUGCAGUUUGGAUGUCUGCCUUCAUAUCCUUUUGCAUGGCGCUAACGUCUCUUGGAAGCUUGGUGGCAUUUGAAGCCAUGGUAUCGAUAGCCACAAUCGGGCUAUAUAUAUCAUAUGCAUUGCCCAUAUUCUUCAGAGUGACUAUAGCUCGAAAAUCUUUCGUGCCAGGGCCCUUCAACCUAGGCCGAUACGGGGUCGUAAUUGGUUGGAUUGCAGUGACUUGGGUGAUUACUAUCUCAAUCCUAUUCUCACUGCCUGUUGCUUAUCCCAUCAACACCGAAACUCUCAAUUAUACACCUGUUGCUGUUGGUGGUCUUUUGAUUCUUACAGUUUCUUAUUGGGUUUUUAGUGCUAAAAGUUGGUUCAAAGGUCCUUUGAAAAAUGUUACUGUUUGACUAGUGAGUUGUGAGACAUUCAUUUUUUCUUUGUGCAAAUGAGCCAUAACAGAUGCAAAUUACAAAUGGGGAAAGAAGAUUCGAACCUAAGACCUAUCAUACACAUGUACUCGGUCUUAACAACCAUUACGCCAAACUUUUUUGGUAUUUGUAGGAAAUUUGUAGUUAUUAUAAAUCAUGCUUUGUUGCAGAGAAUUGGGGAUAUAUACUUCAUGUGUUCUUUAAUAACUGUCGAUUUAACAUUUGCAAAAGUAUUUAAUGUCAUGUAUUAUCUCUUCCAAGAUAACAA